AUGCCUCAGGUGCAGCAACCUUCGCUCAACGCGUACGGUGCGCAGUAUGCGCCUCAGGGCGCCUACGGCGGCGCAGCGUCCCCCGGCGGCGGCGGCGGUGCUGGUGGUCCUGUGCUCGGCGGCGGCAGCGGUGUGCCACAGUACGGCUUCACUCCCGGCCAGGGCGGUUUUGCUGCCAAUCAGGCAUACGCACAGCAGCAGUACCAGCCCCAGGCGUCGGCCGCUCUCCAGGCGCAGAUCCAGGCGGCCGCACUGGCAGCCCAGGCCCAGGCUCCCCCUUCGCAGCUCCAGCAUCCAGCGAUGCAGCAGGCCGCUCAGAUCCACCAGCAGCAGGUCCAGGCAGCCCAUGCGGCACAGAUGCAGCAGAUGCAGCAGCAGCAGCAGCAGCAGCAACAGGGUCUGUAUGCUCCUCAGGGACAGGGCUAUGGUGGCGCGAGCAGCCCAGUGAAUCGCAGCCCGAGUCCCAACUAUGGUGCCGGCCGAGUCAGCCCGGGACAGCAACAGCAGCAGCAGUACCAGCAGCAGCAACAACAACAACAGCAACAGCAGCAGCAGCAGCAGCAGCAAAUGGCCUAUCAGCAACAGCAGCAGCAGAAGCAGCGACAGGAUCAGCCGAUGCAAGGCGUGCAAUCAACGUCGUCGCCCAACGGAAGCCACGACAGCAACCGGAGCCUUGCGGCAUCGAGUGCGAGCGACAAGGGCGCAGACUACGUCUAUUUCGAGAGGAGCACCGCGGGAAUGAGCAAGACGACACUCGAUGCUGCCACAGGGGCCAAGCUCAAGCUCGAGCACUUUUACAAGGUCGCUGUCGAACAGGCGAUUGAGCGCAGCAACCGCCGUGUCGAGCUCGAGAAGCGCUUGGCGAACCCACCGGACGGCGUCCACCUCUCCGAUGACCGAAAGGCGAGGCAGCUGGCCUCGCUGGGGAGAAAGGAGUCUGGGUUCUUGCGCCUCAGGAGGACCCGGCUGGGCCUCGACGAUUUCCGGACCGUAAAGGUGAUUGGAAAGGGCGCAUUCGGAGAGGUUCGCGUCGUCCAAAAGGUCGACACGGGCAAGAUCUACGCCAUGAAGACGCUCAAGAAGGCAGAGAUGUUCAAAAAGGACCAGCUGGCCCACGUCCGAGCAGAGAGGGAUGUCCUGGCCGAGUCCAACUCUCCGUGGGUCGUGCAGCUCUACUACUCGUUCCAGGACUCGCAGUUUCUCUAUCUGCUCAUGGAGUUCCUUCCCGGCGGUGACCUCAUGACGAUGUUGAUCAAGUACGACACCUUUUCCGAGGAUGUGACCAGGUUUUACAUGGCUGAAUGCGUCUUGGCGCUCGAGGGGAUUCACAAGCUCGGUUUCAUCCAUCGCGACAUCAAGCCGGACAACAUCCUCAUCGACCAGAAGGGACACAUCAAGCUGUCCGACUUUGGCCUUUCGACGGGCUUUCACAAGCAGCACGAUAGCGCAUACUACCAGCGCCUGCUUGACUCGGCCAACCCGCAGAAUCAGCAGCAGUCUGGGCGCAACUCGGUGGCCGUCAACAGCAUCACCCUCACCCUGUCGAGCAAGGACACAAUUGCGACGUGGAAGGCCAAUCGGAGGAAGCUGGCCUACAGCACCGUCGGCACGCCAGACUACAUUGCGCCCGAAAUCUUCCUGCAGCAGGGCUACGGCCAGGAGUGUGACUGGUGGAGCCUGGGCGCCAUCAUGUUCGAGUGUCUGUGCGGCUACCCACCAUUCUGCUCCGACAAUGCCCACCAGACGUACAAGAAAAUCUUGGGCCUGGAGUGGACCUUCCCCGACGAUGUCCAUCUCUCGCACGAGGCUAUUGACCUCAUCAAGCGGCUCCUCUGUCCCGCCGAACACCGUCUUGGCUCGCACGGUGGUGCCAAAGAGCUGCGGGAGCACUCGUUCUUUGCAGGAGUCGACUUUGACAGCAUCCGGAGCAUCGAGGCGCCGUUUGUGCCUUCGCUCAAGAGCAUCACCGACACGAGCUACUUCCCGGUGGAAGAUUACAACGACGUGCCGGAGAUGCCCGCGGGGGCGGAGCCGGGCGCCACAACCUCCGGCGGCGCAGGCGGAGACAACAAGGACCUGGCCUUUAUGGGCUACACCUACCGUCGCUUUGAGCGAAACGCCGAUCAUCUCUGA